GGAGGAAGCCGUAGCAGAGAUCUGAAUAAUUGAUUCUCCAGCAGCACCAGACGCCCGGGAGCGGGCGGAGAGCGUGGUUUCAGCACCAAGGUUGCGCGCCACCGCAGGCUCCCCACCAUCACCAGCCAGACACCUAGGUUGGCCUUGUUCGCUACCGCCUUGCGCUCCAGAAGAGGGUGGCCGCGUUCCGCGUCACCGCUUAGGGACUGCGGGGUCUGCCUUGGCCCGCCUCCGGAGUGGGCGGCUGCAGGCGGGCCAGAGCUCCAAACAUCCUCGGAUUGCGCGGGGGUUGCUGCGUUGCGUCUCGUUGGCAGGAACAAGUCCUAAGUUGGUGUGGUGGGUGCCUCUGCCUUCCUCUAUCCUCCAAGGCGACCGCGGAGAAGCGCGCCCCAGGAUCCUGGCUUCUCCAGUGCUGUGAACCGCGUGGCCAGGCACCCUCUUGGGCUCCCGCUGAUCAAGAGAGGGAUCGAACGCCCGGCGCCGAGCUGACCCCGCAGCGAAGGGCCCGGAGCGAGCUGCGGUCCUCCGCCUGCAACCUUCUCGGCCAGGGACCGCGGGGAUCCCCGGCCACACGCGCGCGCGCGCUCCCACACUCACUCACACACACACUCGCUCUCCUGCACGUCAGGCUGGAGCUGGGCUGCGGAGAGGGUGUCCAGGCGCGCUCAGACGACCCGGCAGCUGCUGUCCGGAGUGGAGCAGGAAGCUGAGGCAGGGCUCUAGGAGAGAGGCUCCCGGGGUGCUGUGCCCGAGCAUGGGGCCGGAUGAGCUCUGAGAGACGCGGCCGCAGCUAUCAGCCCUGGAGAUGACCAGGGGCGGCCACUGCUGAGAACUAUGUGGAGAGAGGCUGCGAGCCCUGCUGCAGAGCCUCCGGCUGGGAUAGCCGCCCCCCAUGGGGGCGAUGCGGACAGCGCGGGACAGCCAGGGGAGCGCGCGGGGGCCGCAGCAUGCGGGAACCCGCUAAACCCGGUGGCUGCUGAGGCGGCCGAGAUGCUCGUGCGCGCAGCACGCCCCAUUGCAUCCUCCACCUUCUCCGGCUACAGGGACCCUAAGUGGCGACCAUGUGCAGACUGGGCUACUGGACCUUGCUGGUACUGCCGGCCCUUCUGGUCUGUCGCGGUCCGGCGCAGGACGCGGCGGCGGAGAAGGGUCCCCCAGCGCUGAACAUUGCGGUGCUGCUGGGUCACAGCCACGACGUGACAGAGCGCGAACUUCGAAAUCUGUGGGGCCCGGAGCAGGCAACCGGCUUGCCCCUGGAUGUGAACGUGGUGGCGUUGCUGAUGAACCGCACUGACCCCAAAAGCCUCAUCACGCAUGUGUGCGACCUUAUGUCUGGGGCGCGCAUCCAUGGCCUCGUGUUUGGAGACGACACCGACCAGGAGGCUGUGGCUCAGAUGCUGGAUUUUAUCUCCUCACAGACUUUCAUCCCCAUCUUGGGCAUUCACGGGGGUGCAUCUAUGAUCAUGGCUGACAAGGAUCCGACGUCCACGUUCUUCCAGUUUGGAGCAUCCAUCCAGCAGCAAGCCACGGUUAUGCUGAAGAUCAUGCAGGAUUAUGACUGGCAUGUCUUCUCCCUGGUGACCACCAUCUUCCCUGGCUACAGGGACUUCAUCAGCUUCAUCAAGACAACAGUGGACAACAGCUUUGUGGGUUGGGAUAUGCAGAACGUGAUCACACUGGACACCUCCUUCGAGGAUGCCAAGACGCAGGUCCAGUUAAAGAAGAUUCAUUCUUCUGUCAUUUUACUCUACUGUUCCAAAGAUGAGGCUGUCCUCAUCCUGAGUGAGGCUCGCUCCCUCGGCCUCACUGGGUAUGACUUCUUCUGGAUUGUCCCCAGUUUGGUCUCUGGGAACACAGAACUCAUUCCCAAAGAGUUCCCAUCAGGACUGAUUUCAGUCUCCUACGAUGACUGGGACUACAGCCUGGAGGCGAGAGUGAGAGAUGGUCUUGGGAUCCUAACCACUGCCGCAUCUUCCAUGUUGGAGAAAUUCUCCUACAUCCCUGAGGCCAAGACCAGCUGCUAUGGGCAGGCAGAGAAGCCAGAGACCCCUCAUCACACUCUGCACCAAUUUAUGGUCAAUGUGACAUGGGAUGGCAAAGACUUGUCCUUCACUGAAGAAGGCUAUCAGGUGCACCCCAGGCUGGUGGUGAUUGUGCUGAACAAGGACCGAGAGUGGGAAAAGGUGGGCAAAUGGGAGAACCAGACCCUGAGCCUGAGACACGCUGUAUGGCCGAGGUACAAGUCCUUUUCUGACUGUGAGCCAGACGACAACCACCUGAGCAUCGUCACCCUGGAGGAAGCCCCCUUCGUCAUUGUGGAAGACAUCGACCCGCUGACGGAGACCUGCGUGAGGAACACGGUGCCUUGUCGGAAGUUUGUCAAGAUCAACAACUCGACCAAUGAAGGGAUGAAUGUGAAGAAGUGUUGCAAGGGGUUCUGCAUCGACAUCCUGAAGAAGCUGUCCAGGACUGUGAAGUUCACCUAUGACCUCUACCUGGUGACCAAUGGGAAGCACGGGAAAAAGGUUAACAACGUGUGGAAUGGGAUGAUAGGUGAAGUGGUCUACCAACGAGCAGUCAUGGCCGUGGGCUCACUCACCAUCAACGAGGAACGUUCUGAAGUGGUGGACUUCUCGGUACCCUUCGUGGAGACCGGAAUCAGUGUCAUGGUCUCCAGGAGCAAUGGCACCGUCUCCCCUUCUGCUUUCCUUGAACCCUUCAGCGCCUCUGUCUGGGUGAUGAUGUUUGUGAUGCUGCUCAUUGUCUCUGCCAUUGCUGUCUUUGUUUUUGAAUACUUCAGUCCUGUUGGCUACAACAGAAACUUAGCCAAAGGGAAAGCUCCCCACGGGCCUUCUUUUACAAUUGGAAAAGCUAUAUGGCUCCUCUGGGGCCUGGUCUUCAACAACUCUGUACCGGUCCAGAACCCUAAAGGCACAACCAGCAAGAUCAUGGUGUCAGUGUGGGCCUUCUUUGCUGUCAUUUUUCUGGCCAGUUACACAGCCAACUUGGCUGCCUUCAUGAUCCAGGAGGAGUUUGUGGAUCAAGUGACAGGCCUCAGUGACAAGAAGUUUCAGAGACCUCAUGACUAUUCCCCGCCUUUCCGAUUUGGGACAGUACCGAAUGGGAGUACAGAGAGGAACAUCCGUAACAACUACCCCUAUAUGCACCAGUACAUGACCAAAUUCAACCAGAGGGGAGUAGAGGACGCCUUGGUCAGCUUGAAAACAGGGAAGUUGGACGCUUUCAUCUAUGACGCAGCCGUCUUGAAUUAUAAGGCUGGGAGGGAUGAAGGCUGUAAGCUGGUGACCAUUGGGAGCGGGUACAUCUUUGCCACCACGGGCUACGGAAUUGCCCUCCAGAAGGGCUCACCCUGGAAGAGGCAGAUUGACCUGGCUCUGCUGCAGUUUGUUGGUGAUGGUGAGAUGGAGGAACUGGAGACACUGUGGCUUACAGGCAUCUGCCACAACGAGAAGAAUGAGGUGAUGAGCAGCCAACUGGACAUUGAUAACAUGGCGGGCGUGUUCUACAUGUUGGCUGCGGCUAUGGCCCUCAGCCUCAUCACCUUCAUCUGGGAGCACCUCUUCUACUGGAAGCUGCGCUUCUGCUUCACGGGCGUGUGCUCUGACCGACCAGGGCUACUCUUCUCUAUCAGCAGGGGCAUCUACAGUUGUAUCCAUGGUGUGCACAUUGAAGAAAAGAAGAAGUCUCCGGAUUUCAAUCUGACUGGGUCACAGAGUAACAUGCUAAAGCUUCUUCGGUCCGCCAAGAACAUCUCCAACAUGUCCAACAUGAACUCUUCAAGAAUUGAUUCACCUAAAAGAACUUCUGACUUCAUCCAAAGAGGGUCCCUUAUAGUGGACAUGGUUUCAGACAAGGGGAAUUUAAUAUACUCAGACAAUAGGUCUUUUCAGGGGAAAGACAGCAUAUUUGGGGACAACAUGAAUGAACUCCAAACAUUUGUGGCCAACAGGCACAAAGACAACCUUAGUAACUAUGUAUUCCAAGGACAGCAUCCUCUCACUCUCAAUGAGUCCAACCCUAACACCGUGGAGGUGGCUGUCAGCACUGAAUCCAAAGGGAACUCCCGACCACGACAGCUUUGGAAGAAGUCCAUGGAGUCUCUACGCCAGGAUUCUCUGAACCAGAACCCAGUCUCACAGAGGGAUGAGAAGAUUGUGGAGAAUAGGACCCACUCCCUAAAGAGUCCUAGGUAUCUUCCAGAAGAGGUAGCCCACUCUGACAUUUCAGAAACUUCCAGCAGGGCCACAUGCCACAGGGAACCAGAUAACAAUAAGAACCACAAGACCAAGGAUAACUUCAAAAGGUCAAUGGCCUCCAAAUACCCCAAGGACUGUGGCGAGGUUGAACGUCCCUACAUGAAAACCAAAGCAAGCUCCCCCAGGGAUAAGAUCUACACCAUCGAUGGUGAGAAGGAGCCCAGUUUCCACUUAGAUCCUCCACAGUUUGUUGAGAACAUUUCCCUCCCUGAGAAUGUGGGCUUCUCAGACACCUACCAAGACCACAAUGAGAACUUCCGCAAGGGAGACUCUACACUGCCCAUGAGCAGGAACCCACUACACAAUGAAGAUGGGAUUCCCAACAAUGACCAGUAUAAACUCUAUGCCAAGCACUUUACCUUGAAAGACAAGGGUUCCCCGCACAGUGAGGGCAGUGAUCGCUACAGGCAGAACUCCACACACUGCAGAAGCUGCCUUUCGAACCUGCCCACCUACUCAGGCCACUUCACCAUGAGGUCACCCUUCAAGUGUGAUGCCUGCCUGCGGAUGGGGAACCUCUAUGACAUUGAUGAAGACCAGAUGCUCCAGGAGACAGGGAACCCAACUACUCAGGAGGAGGCCUACCAGCAGGACUGGUCCCAGAACAAUGCCCUCCAGUUCCAGAAGAACAAGCUAAGGAUUAACCGGCAGCACUCCUAUGAUAAUAUUCUCGACAAGCCCAGGGAGAUAGACCUUAGCAAGCCCUCCCGGAGCAUAAGCCUCAAGGACAGAGAACGGCUUCUAGAGGGUAACUUAUAUGGGAGCCUGUUCAGUGUUCCCUCAAGCAAACUCUUAGGGAAUAAAAGCUCCCUUUUCCCCCAAGGUCUGGAGGACAGCAAGAGAAGCAAGUCUCUCUUGCCAGACCACACCUCUGAUAAUCCUUUCCUUCACACGUAUGGGGAUGACCAACGCUUAGUUAUUGGGAGAUGUCCCUCGGACCCCUACAAACACUCAUUGCCAUCCCAGGCAGUAAAUGACGGCUAUCUUCGGUCAUCCUUGAGGUCAACAGCAUCAUAUUGCUCCAGGGACAGUCGGGGCCACAGUGAUGUGUACAUUUCAGAGCAUGUUAUGCCUUAUGCUGCAAAUAAGAAUAACAUGUACUCUACCCCCAGGGUUUUAAAUUCCUGCAGCAAUAGACGCGUGUACAAGAAAAUGCCUAGUAUCGAAUCUGAUGUCUAAAAUCUUCCAUCAGUGUUAAUCUAUAAGGAAACAUACGGAAUGGCCAACGUUCUGGAGGGUAAAUGUUAGAUGUCCCAUAGUACCUUGCUAGAAGGAAGAGGACUUAGGGAGGUACUUUUUUUGUUGGCUCUUUUGCACAUGGCUCCAUGCCAUAAUCUUUCACUCAAGGAAUCUUGUGAGGUAUGUGUUGACCACAGCACAUGCCAGAUAGGUGAAUCCUUAACCAAAAACAAAUAAAUGAAUUUGGGCAAGUCUCCCAGACAUGCCGACUGGGUAUGGUGGCAAUAAUGGUGCAUCAGAUGGCAACAGUGAUAUUGUUGAUUGCCUGAUUUCCAAAUUCCAUGAAGGUCAAUCCACCAUGUAACUUCCCCCAUCAGAAAUGCCUCAGUUUCUCUAACACAGAAUAAGCAAUAUGGUAUGCAUGUCCGUCUAACACAGACAAUAAGACAGUUAAGAAUGCAUCCGCACUGUAGUACGAAUGACACGCGCAAGGACUAAGAAGUUUGGCUUGUAACAGUUCUCAGCUUUCUUGUUAUGCCUUCCAUUACAACCCUGGCUCAGCCCCCAAGAACUCCAGGUUCCCCCCCAAAGAAUAGCAAAUCAGUGUGCUCAUCGUAUGUAUGCUACUUUCAUUGUAGUCUGUCCCCAAGACACAUCUGGAACACAUCUGUAGCCACAGGGACUCUCAGGUGGAGAGCUAGAAGAAUCUCUUUGGAUGUUAAUGUGUGUGUAUCUCUCACCCUCAGCUUCAGUGGUCUUGUUCGGCACUGCAUAAACACAUUUCUGUCUUCGAUAUCUAGAUGUGGAUCUUCUGUCUAUGACAUAGUGGCCGUUGUAGUUUAUCUUGAAGACUUAUGUACGUAAGUUUGCAUUUCCUCCCUUCUGGUGAUGACUCAGGGUUGUAUAGUAUCUCUUACCCGAUCCCUCCCAGAGUAAUCGUAACUUGUUCUGUCCCCCAAAAGUCACGAUGGUGUCUAAUUAGCUGUGUGUUGUGUUCCUAGAGUUGUUAAUGUGGUGACAUGUACCAGCAGCCAUGUAUAAUCUGUAAGAAGUACCAUGCCCUCUGUGUGCCCAAGGCUAGCAUGGUUUUACAUUUAUCUUCCUUAAUGUCAGGAAACUCUAUUAGACACUUCUUUCUAUACAAACCUCCUCAAAUCAAAAGCCUUCAGGCGAUAAACCACUUGUGCAUCUGUCACAAGCACCCUCCCAGCUAAGGAUAAACUCUAUAAGACAGGGUUUUCCCUCUGAAAUGCGCACCAUUUCCUUAGCACCAACAGAGACAGACGAGAAGUCUUCAAUGCAUUUGUCAUUCCUGAGUCACCCACAUUGUCCUGUUCUUGGCCCCCUCAAACCUGUGUGCAUAUGAUAGGACAGAUACUCAUCAUUUUUAAAAAAUUGGAGGCAGUGAGGGGACUAUUCAUGCAUGGAAAAUUUCUUAGCACAUAAAUUUUCUACCAUAUUUUUGAAAAAGAUCCAAAAGGUAGUUAUGAUACUUAAUAGAAAAGGACAUAUCACUAAACAGAAAAUAAUAUAAAUUAGACAUUUUAUUUGCUUCUUUUCUAUCAAUUAUUAUAUUUUCAAUGCAUUUUGACCUUGAAAUAGCUGGGAUAGCUGGCGAUGGUAUUUUGCACAAGACUUAGCCAUCUCGGUGUCUUGCUCCUAUGAAAGAGACCAGCCUUUCCUGUUUUCCUAUGUACUGGAUUUUGAUUUGGGUUCUCAGAGAAAAGGACAACACUACAGGUUGAAAUUCCAUCCUGUUUCUUUUCCUCAUGGGGUGUUCUGGUUUGUAGCUGGUAUUGUCCUAUAGUUGGAGGCAGGGGAGUUCUCAUAGAGCUUGAGAAUGCGUGCAAUGGAGCAGUGGAAACAUCCAGCCGACCUCCAGUAGUGUAUAAUGUCGAAAGUGAUGCAAUAAGCCGAGUGCUUGCGAUGGAGCAGUGGAGGGGGUGAGGACAGAGCGCAGAAGGCGCUGAGGCAGUGCCAGAGGUUGAUAAACUUCAAAAUCACAUUUUCUCCCAUGGAUCCAGCAUUCUCUCCUUCCCUAAGUCCCAGAGAUGGAGAAGUCUGCAUUGGAGAACCUAGAACAAUCUUCCCAGUUUCUGAUCUUAAAUUUAGGCUUCAUUGUCUGUAUUGUCUUUUAACUCCUUCACGUUGUUUCCCCUUUGCAUUCCAGACCUGUGUUCCUCCUGCUAGGACCUCUGUCGUGUCCUCACAGAAGGGAAUUUGAAGUCUCCUUAGAAUACACAGUAGUGACUUGCCAUAAAUCCAAAGAGCUCUCUGCUUUCCUGCAUUGUUCUCAAAGCCCAGGGCAGCUGCCGAAUGCCACUGAGUUCCAGUGGGAGCACAAAUUACACUUCUGCAGCUUCCUCUAAACCUUCUCCAGAAUAUCUGGAGAGCAAUCCUUUUUUCUUCUAUUAACCCCAUACAAAAGAAAUUAAAAUGAGGAUUUUGCUUCCAAAACGUACCUAUUACCAAUUGUAAUGGGAAAGAAUAAAUAACUCAUCGGUAGUUAGGGGCUGUAUGGUAAACAUUUUUUUUUCCUUCUACACUAAUUCUCUGACUCUUACAUGUGAUAAUUCCAAAGAAGGAACUGAGAGGGUCAGUCUCCAAGUGGAAGGUGACCAUGUGGACCUGUUUGAAGGUAAUCCAAGUGAGUGCCAUUCAUCGGAAAACUAACACAAGGAGUGGCAGAUGGAGCCGACCGUAGGAGGCGAUGAGGACUAGAUGGGAAGCCCUGAACUGUGUUAGAGGUCCCAGUGUUAAACUCAGGCUCCAAGCUCUUAGAAUCAAGGAUGCUAAAGCCAGCGUCCCUGAACCCAACAGCCAGCUUGUCAUCUUGGAAGCUUUGGUGGGUUCCCCCAUUUUGAAAAAUACCAAACUGUCCUUCAGAUGGAAGUAUUUGAACUGAAAUAGCCUGGCUUCCAUAUCCUGCAUACAAGAAAAUUUCCAAGACAUGACCCCAACUCUGCAAAACCUCAGUGCUCUGCGAAACAGUCCUGCCACCCUUACACCUGUAGGUUUCAGGCCACUUCUGGCUUCAGUGUUACAAAAAGGAAAGCCCCCAGUGAUCUGUCUUCCUGUCAGUAAGACUUGCCUGGGAGCAAGGGAUGGUAACCUCUCCACUGGGGACUACGCUGUCCUCUGCAUUAUUGUAGCAAGCUAAAUAGUGGCUGCCAUGCUCUGGGAUUUCCCCUCCCUGCCUCAGACGAUACAUGAGAAGGCUUAAUAUUUAGCUUUCUGGUGGAAACAUUAAAAUCUAUCCAUUUCAGCAAAACCCGUCAUAUCAAUUCACACUUAUUUUCUGGGGAGAGAAAAAGAAAAUUACACCUUGUUUACAAAUGAAAUAGUUUCAUUUAAAUGGGACUUUAGCCAAAGCAGUUAAUUAGUCAAACGAUCCAUGGUAGUCACACUGUCUCAUGUUGUUUAUUCUAUUUGAUGUGUCUACCGCUGAUGUGUAUUAAUAUUCUGCAUCCUUCUCAGGAAAUGACAAAUGCCCUGAAUUCUUUGCAAAUAGGAUUGCUAAUGAAAAAGAAAACGAAAGUUGGUGUUAAUUAAAUGGUGAUUAAAAAUUUAUCUCCCUUAAACCUAAAAAGUGCAGCUUUAGUAAUUGCUUGUCAUAUAAAUGAAUCCCCUGCACUGGAGGAGCUUGUGGUUUAAGACCUAAAUAAAUACUAAUGUGAGAAGCGGAAAUCUCUGUUAGAAGACUGGAAUGUACCCAUUGGCGGGGUACACAUCUCUAUACUGUUUCUCUGCGUGGAGCUGUUUUGUGGGAAUCCUCAAGAAAAGGUUGCAACCUGUUUCAAGAUGGAGCUGGUUGGCACUAACCUUGGCUAUCAUAGACUUAACUGGACUUCAAGAAAUGGAGUUUAGCAGGAAGCCAAAUUUAUCAGUCAAUAUUUAAUAGUUAUUCAAGAUCUUAAGAAAAGAGGUCUUCUUUCCAAAAGCGUUAUUUAUUCGACUUGAUUCGAAAUUUGGCCUGUCUAUGUGUCCUCCCUCUUAUUUUGGUUAAAUAGGGUCAGAAGCAUUCAUUGGGAGUUUACGGGUCUCUACUUGAAAAGUUUUCCAAUGCGAAGUUACCAUUUUUCAGUCAGCCAUUUUCCUUCGUACUGUGUUCAUCUCUAAUAUCUCUGACGAGGUCAGCUUGAUGCAGAUCAGAGAUGACCCAACAAUGCACUUCUGUGAAUACAGUUGCUCAUAUGUACAUGUAUAUAUUAUACAUGCUUGGUUUCUACAAUUCACACUUAAGUGUAUUAUCCCAACAAACCUGUACAUAUUGUAAAGUUUAUGUUAAAAAUCAAAUGGUGGUGAUGGUGUGAACACACAGAAAACCCAUUCUGAUUAUUUUGAUAGGAGGAUAUUUAUGUAGAGAGGGCAUUAUAUUUUUUUAAAUAUCGGCUCUAGGAAGAAUAACAGGGCUCAAGGGGCCUUGAGCAUUGGUGUUCUUGGCCCCUUAGGGAAUAAAAUUCGGAGUGAUGAGUGUGCAAUAUAUGCUGCUUACAGUCAUUUUUGACUAUGAUGCUGGUGUGGACCUACAUGUGGCUUUUGUAAACCCCUCAAAAGACAUAGAUUUCCUAUUUAAAUCUUUCUCGGCUCGUUUGUGACUAGAAGAGCUAUCAGCAUAGAAGAAAUACAAGAUGCCUGUCCAGAAAAAGCUUAGACUAAAUGAAUUUUGUGUAAUGACAUCAAGAUCUUGGGGAAAGGAGACAGUGGCAGGUGACAAGGGACAGUAAUCUGUCUAAGGUAAAAUGGGAGAGCAUCGGAGCUGGGGCUGGAACCCAAGACUCUGUAGUCUGAUUUCUGGUUUGGUACCUUUACCAAGCUAACAUAUCUCUAGGUUUCUUUUGGGAAGACACUCCCCAUGAGUCCCUCUGGAAUAAGAGCCAGAGAAACUCACAGAACUGCCCUGGCUUUCUUUGUCCCUUGCUCUUUACAAAUCAAGCAUGACUCUCUGAAUUUGGUUUUUCUUUAAGCUCCUUUGCAAUCCCUCACUCUCUCACGGCCCCGGAGAAGAGAAGAUCUUCUCUUGGCCUGUCCUCUAGAGAAGAUCCACAAACGGUAGAGUUCAAAGCUGCUGACCAAAGAAGCAAGCUGGCAGCAACGAGGUCUCAUCUGUGCUGCUGAGCAAGGGCUGCAGGCAAGUCCACAGGACUAGACAAGGUGGCAGUUCAUCUGAAGUCCACUUUGGGACCAUGGGGCAGCAAAUGGAAUGGAAAAUAGAAUCUCUUCCUAUAGGUAGCUUCUGGUUUAAGAAGUAAAUUCCAAAAUAUAAAAGAUAACAAACAACCAUAAAUAAAAUCAGAUUAAAUAGUGAAAAUUAGAAAUAGAUAAUAUGCUGUUGUAAGAAGAUCAAAAAUAAUUGAUACUGUGAUCAAACCUUUUUUUUUUUUUAAAAAAAAAGGUUCAUCCCUGAGUUUUAAGGAACUUUGGGGAAUGCAGUUGAUGUCCCUGCAAAUGGCCUUGAUUUGUUUAAUGUACCCUGAGGUGAUGGGUGUGGGGAGGAUGGGAGCAACGAACCAGGCGAAAACUCAUUCUUUUGUAUUGUUUGCACAAGUACUCUUGGGUCUGGCUCCAACCAGCCCUGCAUGGCUUACCAAAUCAUACCUCGAAUGCUUCGAAGGGGCUGGAAAAUCCUUCAAAGGAUUGGAAAAAUAGACCAUGGUGUAAAGAAGAAAGAGGAAACGUAGAGAAAGCUUUACCAGUUGGGUCGCUUAUGGCCUGUAAAGACCUUUGUUAGCUCAGGGUGUGGACAGGUCACGGGGGAGGGAAAGAAUGUUUCAUGGAGUCCCAAGUGCCUGCUGUCAUGGAUGGCAAAAGAAAUGUCAGGUUCCCUAGUGAAAAAUAAAAGAGAGGGCAAGGAUGUGAAGGAAGGGAAUCCAAGUGUGUUUCCAGAAGGAUGGAGGGGUGGGGAGGGUGUGGAAGGAGGAUUUUCAUACUAUGUGUACCAUUCUAUGCAUAGGAGAAUGUUAUAGUUUCUGCUUAUCAUGAGCGUGCACCAUGGGUCAGCAUCUGAAUCUUGAAAUACCCAGCUAUUUCUAUACUGAAUGAGUUUAACCUAAAAGUUAAGUAUUAUUGUUCCCAUUUUGCAGAUGAGGAAACUGAUUGUUCUAAGCCUCACUAGCAACAUGGAGGUCAGACCAGAAGCAGAAAGAGAUUUAUUAAUUUGAGGUCCCCAGGAUUUUCUCCACGCACCCUGCCCAGGUUGCCUGGUUUGGGGUGUAUCAAGAACUCUUGGGGAUUCCUCCUCUGUUCACAGCCCCUUCCAAGACUGGAACACUGUUCAUGUCUCCCCUCCUCCCUGUGCUUGCACUCGGCAUUAACUUUUUUUACUUUUUAUUUUGUUUGCUUUGAAAAUUUACCUUCUCUAUUUAGCAUGUGCCUAACCUUAAAUAUCCCUCUGCCCAUCUCUUUCUUCUCUAACAGUUGGCAUCAGGGCUAGUACCGUUAAACACAUGUACAUAGUAUGCUUUCCCGGGUGUGUGAGCAGUCACACACGCACAUGCACACACUGCCUUGUGGUCCUCAGUCAAAGCUCUUCAAUACCGUCACCCCUUUCUCAACAGGACGCUGUUUGCAGACUCGCUGGUCCUCCUGUCCAUCUCUGUUGGUUUAUCUUUGCCAGGCAGACAGAAUGGAGUUCAGAGGGAGGGCAGGGAACAGGGAAUAGUUUUGCAUAAAUGACUGAGUGCUUUAGUCAUCAGGGUGAUUGAGGGCCAGCUAUUAAAAUGCUGUUGUUGUUGUUGUUGUUGUUGUUAUUAUUGUUGUUGUUUCUCUUGGUCUGUUCCAUUUGUUAAAUUGCCUUAGAGAUGCACUCCUGGUCAUUAGUAUCAGGAUAAUUGUUGUCGCACCAACACUUGUUAAUAUCCCAAGGAAGAGUGUUGAAUUGGGAUGCUCACAGCACUUCAUAGGAGCCAAGAGUGGCAUGGUGACUAAUAAGUCAUGCAGACGAUGCUCCCAAGCACACAGUGUCAUCUGGGCAUCCCAUCCCACCCAUGUUCUAAACCACACUUCUUUCCCGGCAUUUAUAUUUACAGUGAGGUAGGGCACACUAGGCCCAUUUUAUAGAUGAGAAGAUUGAGCUGGGAUCACAAGGAAAAUUGCUUUGGAAGGCUCCAGAGUGAUAUUUUUAUAAAAAAUGCAAUCAUUGCUCCAAGUGCUUCUGGGGAGUCUUUGAACACAGUAUAAAUGACCUUAGCUUGAUUUCCUGAGAAUAAUUCUCCAGGUGUUGUCAUCCCCCAAGCAGACAGUCAGAUGCCUCUUACUAUAGAGAUCACCAGGGCUAAGGAUACAGCUUAGUUGGUAGAGCGUUUGCACAGCACACACAAGGACUGGGCUACAUGCCCAACUCUACGAGCAUGAACUGGGUGUGGUGGCACAUGCCUGUGAUCCCAACACUCAGGAGGCAGAGGCAGAAGGAUCUUGACUUUAGGUUACACCCAGGCUACAUAGUGAAUUGGAGGCCAGCCUGGGCUACAAGAGACCCUGUCUCAAAAAUGAAAACAAAAACACAGAGGUUAUUAUUAUUUAACAGCUAUUCUGAGACCAUGUGUUUCUGCAAGAGACAAGGAGACUCUCCCAGGGAUGUCAAACUCUACAGAAAGUGGAGUGUCGCAACAACAGGGCUGAGCUCUCCGUCUCUUUGGAGCUGUAUUUCAAAGCACACAAUUCUCCAGCGAACCACAACCUAUUUAAGAUGGAAUCAUUCCUCAGAUUCGCUCUGGAAGAAGCAAAGCAAAAGUUCACUCACCAAUUCUGCUUAGGUACCAUAUCAGCAAACGGAUAAUAAGUCUGCAUCUUUACAAUUCUAGAACAUUCCUCAUUAUCAGUAGCCCUCGGUCAUAACCUCUUCCAGUUAAUUCUCUUUCACACCUUUGGGAAGGAUUUAAAAGCCUUCAAAAGGAUAUUAGCAUAACGCAUAGCCAAUACCACAGAUGCCUUUUAAAUUGAUAAGGUUAACUGUUCUCCAGCUAGCAUAGGUUUGUCUUUGGCAUUUUCAAUAUUUCUCAUUGAUCUGACAUUUUACUGUUUCAAGCUUUUAAAGGGCUCGAAUCAAAGACUAUUGAUAACUGAACACAUAGUGAAGGUCCAGAAAUAUAAAUACGCCUUGUCUGUUUUUCCAUGAGAAACAAUCACAGCCUUUUGAAUUCAUUGGAGGUUUUUACAUUAAGCAUGUAUGACAUAUUGAAUUGUUUCUCUUCCAGGUCAGGCUAAUUCACAUUAAGAAAUGGCAUUGACUUUUAAAAGGUAUUUUCCUUUUAAAAAUAUCUUAAAUGUAUUAAGUUUGUAGACACAGCUCUGGGGCCAUGACCAUUAGGGAAAUAUUCCAUGUCAGAAGCAGAAGAUUAAACAUGAUUUUGUGGCAAAUCUGAACAAUCUUCUUUGAAAAUUUGAUGAAUUUGGAACAGUCAAGCUGACAUUUCUAACGUUCGUGUUGAAAUUUUUCAUUGAAAACUAUGUAAGUGAACAACUUUUUUCAAAGAAGAUAUUAAAUCAGGGAUAUGUAGAAAACAUGUCUUUGGAAAACACAUAGAAUCACAAAAUAAAUGUGGGUCAGAUGCUUUCCCAGCCUGAAGGUCCCUACAGAUGUUUUUAUGGUUGUUUUUGAAGUCUGAAUGUUACACGUGUUCAUUCCCCUGAUAAAACAUAUUUAAGAGCAUAUCCUUGCCAAAUUAAUUGGUAGAAUUCAUCAUAGUUUAUAUGGCACUGGGAUGUUUGUGGAUGUGAACUUAUAUAUUUCAAGCUGAAUAUCAGGAAGAAUUAGGUUAGUUAAUUGGUGGCUUGAAUAAGAAAUAGCUCAUAAAAAUCAUAAAUAACGGCCUUCUCAGACAGUAAAAGAGGGUAAACUAUUCAUUUUCCAGUCAUGUUGUAAGACUUGCAUAAUGUACAAGCUACCCAUUGCCCACAGGAGAGUUCUUGAAUUAAACAACUUAUCCAUAAAGGGUUUAUGUGUGAGUCUAUCUUUAGCCCAGUAUGAAUGUGGUUGAAUACAUACGCAGAGGGUUUCCAUCCACAGCUACAUGAAACACCGUCUUUAACUCACAUCAGGACUGGCUUAACGUCUCGUAUGGUGGAGCCCAAGGAUAGCUGUGUGCUCCAUUCAGUGGUCUUCAUUCGGGAGUAGAUCUUCACCCAGUCACAGCAGUUUAUACCUGUCAUGUUCUGAUCCACUGCAUGAGGAAGUGCUAAUAACUGUAUUAAAUAUUUCCAAGCAUAGCUACACAAUUACACGUUUGCUUAACACCUUUCUAUGAUAGAGGAAGUAUAUACUAUGGUUGUCUUCUUGUAGUAUGUCUCUUUAAUUUUGUUCAAUGUGUUAUCAACUGUUUUAAGGAAUGGGAUUUGACAUGUGUGUGCAAACUGAUAUGUACAGAACUCCCGGGGCAAAGAAAGUGCCCAUCAUACAGUGUAAAAAUGUAAAUACAGGAAAUUUCAUUUUUCUAAUAAAGAUAAUUUCUGCCAAUUGAUAUGAA